GUUAAGAAGACGUACCAAAACUUGAAACAAGUCUUAAAGGAAAGCUGAGCACAAGAUGGACGAAAAACCGAAACCGGCAGUUGAAAGUAGCACGGAGGACAUAAAAGACCUCUUUUACGUGUCCACGCUAUUUCGUGUUGUGAAAACCGUGUUCCUCAUUCUAACAUGGGUCUGUCUGGGUUUGUCACUGGAAAUCUCGGGGCCGACCAUGCAGGACCUCAUUCUGCGCACUGGCACCAACUAUGAGGAAGUGUCUCGUGCCAUAUCUGGACGCAGCGCGGGUUUCUUCACCGGGGCGGUGAUCGGGGGGUUCCUGGUGGACAAACUGCGUCUGUACUGCGACCUGAUGAUCGGAGUUAGUUUGGUGAUUAUGUCAGCCGGGUCAGUGGCCGUACCAUGGUCACCUUGGACAGGACUUAUAUGGUUCAUAUUUUUCCUGCAAGGAACGUGUGAAGGGGUCAUCAACAUAGCGGGACAAAAACUGAUUUUAUCCAUCUGGGGAAAGAACGCUGCCUCCCCACUCCACGUGUUACACACGGGCUUUGGCGUCGGCUCGAUGAUCGUUCCCCUGAUCGCCAACCCAUUCCUUGCCAACAUACAGACAACAACCCUCACAAAUACUUCAAUGAACAUAACGUCUGUGUUUACCACCGCCCUGCCCCCUACACUUUCAAGUUUGGAAUACACGACAGACGCCACAAUCUCGACUACGAUAACUCGCGUCCUAAGGGAAUCCCGGAUUGAAUAUGCCUACUUAAUCGUUGCCAUCCUCGUCACUACUCUCUCCCUUGCCUUCUUCGUGUACCAGUGGAAAUAUUCCGAGUAUGUCCUCCAUCCUGCUGACCACGAAACUGAAAGUAAGAAGAGAGUUCAUGGAGUCAAAGAAUUUAUCCGCAUCAUCAAUCCGGCCACCUGCGCCGAUGGUAACUUUUGUUUUGGGCUCCAAAUGUUCAUACUGUUAUCUCUUCAUUUUUUCAAUGCGGUAGGCGGGGAAAGACUGUACGGUAAGUUCAUCCGAUCCUAUGCCAUAGAUCAGCUCAACUUCUCAGGGGACGAAGCAAGCUACUUAAAUGUAGUUUUCUGGAUCAGCUUCUCUGUUGGCCGCUUCUCCGGGUUCAUCGUAGCCCACUGGGUCCCUGUCCGCUUUUUGAUCAUUAUAGAGGCAGCCGGCGUCUUAAUUUCGGCAAUCCUGUUGAAUAUAUGGGGGCAUACCGAGCCCCUCAUGCUUUGGAUCUUCACCCAACCAAUGGCGUUCUUCAUCGCACCUCUGUUUCCCUCAGGUAUUGCAUUGGGUGACCAUUACGUAGAAAUGAGCGGCCUGGCCAUUACAGUGCUACUUCUUGGUGGAUCUAUCGGUGGAAUUGCUUACCUCUUCCUCAUCGGCUAUUUGUAUGAGAACUUUGGGCCGUCGAUGUUCAUGUACAACGUGUUGGGGUACGCUAUAGCCGUGGUGGUGAUGGUUGCCCUGCUCAGUGUUGUUGGCCACUUGCACGGAGAUCGGUACCAGCGUGAGGAUGAAACAGAACGAAGUAUCGGGGAUAUGAAGAAAAUGGACAAACUAGAAUACGCGGCAGAUAACCCUCAAAUGUUGUCUUACACCAAUACUGCACUGUAG